GAAGAGAUUACAGGACCCUUUCUCUCCAGAACAUAUUUUGGGAUUUGACAAAUUUCGAGGAAACAACAACAACGUCGUGUGGAAUCAGUUUGUUGGAGGAUCAUAUAAUUGUCGUUCAUGUUAUAAUUAUAAUGAUAUUGCAAGGAACAACAACUACGAAUAUGAGUGUUUUUCAACACAGAAUAGUUCAAAGGACGUAUUUGUAGGCAUGGCUAAAACGCAUGAGGGGUCACUUGAACUUCAAAAUCUAAUAAAGAAUGGAAAUCCAAGAGAUAGGCAAGAAGUUCUUGAUGGGAUUAUUGGAUGCAUAUUUGAUGUGAUGAUCGAUCCACAUGGCCACCAUCUCUUUCGAAGAAUUCUUGAGUUUUGUGAUUCUAGUCAGUUGGACACCAUCUUUGUCACCUUGAUAUCACGCAAGGAGUUGCUUAUCAACACAUCUCUUGUGCAAUACGGGUCAAGUGCAAUUCAAAGAUUUAUCAAGAGACUUAAAAACACUGGGUUGGGGCAAUUCGUUGCAAUCAUCCUUUCUAUGAGAUUUGUCG